AUGGCGUUGGAGGUUGUGGCGGUUGGGUGGGCGAUCAGGACGAUCGGAUGGAUCGUGUCGCCCAUGACCACCAAGGCGGUGAACAAAGGCAUCGACCUGCUCAACUGCGACCAAGAAGCCCAGCUGCGCAACCUGGUGGCAUGUCUUGAGCCGCAGCUGCGUAGGCAGAUGGAACACAUGACAUCCAUGCCGUAUCUGGACAAGUGGGUGCAGAGCCUCAGAUCUGCCUUCUACGACGCAGAGGACAUCGUGGACAUCCACGAUUACCUUAACCUCGCCCUCCACAUGCAGCUUUGCGCGGCCUCGUGCCCCUCCGCCACCGUCGCGGCCUCCGCGUCGUCGCGCCCGUCGCUACCAGCCGCACCCUCCGUCACUGGACAAGAAGCUGCCGCUGUCACCAGUCAUCGUCCGGCUCCACCGUCCCCCAGCAAACGCCGACAUCCUCCCACCGGCGCCGGGCACCGCCGGAUGCCUCCCCGCCAAAUCCGGCACGGAUCUGGCAGCCUCGUCCUCCGCCGCCAGCGCCUCCAAACUCCGCCGCCACCCCCGCCAAACGUCGCCACCCGAACGCAGUACCCCACCGCCGGCAACCGCCCCGCCAGGUCCGGCCGGUCGGCACGGAUCUGGGCGGUUUCCUCCUCCCGACGCCGGCAGUACCCCCUGCCCUUGUGCGGUGAGACGGAGCGAAGCCCCGUCGCAGCUGUCGCUCGCCCGCUGCUGCCGACCCUUCGCCGCGAGCUCCGCCUCCACCGCCGCAAGCUCGCCCGCCCGAUCUGGUCGCCGGGUGGCCAGAUCUGCAGGCGCGGCCUCGUGCCCCUCCGCUACCGUCGCGGCCUCCUCGUCGUCGCGCCCGUCGCCGCUAGCCGCACCCUCUGUCAUCGGACAAGAAGCUGCCCCCGUCGCCAAUCGUCGUCCGGCUCCACCGUCCCCCAGCAGACGCCGACAUCCUCCCGCCAGCGUCGGGCGCCGCCGGAUGCCUCCCCGCCAGAUCCGCCAGAUCCGGCACGGAUCUGGCAGCCUCGUCCUCCACCACCAGCGCCUCCAAACUCCGCCGCCACCCCCGCCAAAUGCUACCGCCCGAACGAAGUACCCCGCCACCAGCAACCGCCGCGCCAGGUCCAGCCGGUCGGCACGGAUCUGGGCGGUUUCCGCCUCCCGAUGCCGGCAGUCCCCCCUGCCCUUGUGCGGUGA